GUGACUCAUGGAGUAUCUCAUGCCGCGAAGCUAUAUCCGAACUCAUACAUCGUGCAAGUACUAGUGGGUACGGCGAAGGGUGCUGGAUCAGGAAUUCUUAGGACGAUUGAACAAUUGAUACGUGGUGUGUGGCUGCCUAAUCAUAACGAAGCGCUUCGUCCGUCAUUCGCGACGAAGGCCUGCCUUCUUGCCUCGAUCAUAUUUGUCUUGGAGAAAAGCAGUAUAUAUAUUACAGCACCCCAUGAUCUGGUCUACUUGGGUGUGGUCGGCUUCCUGGUGUACUUCAAACUUUCUGCUCUUUUCCUUAAUGUCACGGAUCCAUUUGCUCCUAUUGAAAACUUGUUCUGUGCAGUCUUUAUGGGAGGCAUUUGGGACGCACUGUCAAGGUAUUUUCCAUUGCUUUUAUCAAAAGAGAUUCGUUGUCGCAGUUAG